AUGGACAUCGCCGUUUCGGUGUCGCACGUAGUUGAUUGCCCCGACUCCUCCUGGCCGUCCGACGUCCUCGACGCCGAGAAGCAGCGGAUCGUCCAGAAAAAGAAGGAGCAACUUUUUGCAUUAUUGGAGGAGGAGCCGGAGAUGCAUCAUUUAUACAGUUCGGACUGCGAUGUCUUGCGGAGUCGAGCAACCCUUGGCAUUUCCCAGAUCCAAAUCCCGCUUGCCUGGAAUGGCGAGCAACAUUUCGCAAAAGGAGAAAGCAGGACCUAUUCCAUGUUUUAUACGGUCCAAACGAAGUCGGGGUUGUUUGAGAGCAAGAUAAUUGCCAAUAUCAAUCGCCUCGAUACGGAUGUGGCGUUUCCGGAAUCGUUUGUUUUCCAAAAUGAGGCCGACGAUUUUUGCAUCGAGCUGUGCGUGUAUGCGGCGAGAACGGAUGCCGGAAAUGAUAAUUCCGGGAGUCUGCGGCAGCGGAUAAGCAGAAGUUUUGGCAAGAAGUUUGGCCUGCAGGUGAAAUCGCAACUCCAAGACCAAAGGCGGCAGAUCCCGGAAACGAUUGGAGGGACCGAUCUUGCCGGCCCACCCCUCUACGGGCAUGUCCUUUGUCGCCUCGUCUGUUUACCCCAUUCAGUUUUGCAUCCCUUGGCAGACGGAAUUUUGACGGUGCGCCCCAAGCAUAGCGACAGCGUUUUUCAACACGUUCGCUGCCGAUUACAGGCUGGUGUCCUACGGUGCUUUGUAAAUAAUGACGUCCGGCUGAAACCUGGAAAUGAGCAAACCCUACAUCGCAUUGUCAUCACCCCAGGUUCCCGCGUGACCCCGUGUAAUUUGGACGAUUCGGUGGUGCUGCUCAUCGAGCCGACGACAGACAGCCCAAUGUUGCAAUACAUUUUGACCAGCGACUCAAAACACAUUGCCGACAGUUGGGCCACGGCCAUUGAGCAUCAGCUGAAUGAUGCGAUCAUCUGGGGCGAGUUUGCCUACGUGCACACGAGACUCUCGCUGAAUCGACCGAGGGAAGCAAUUGAUGGAACGAUCCCGAGGGAUAGAUCUUCAAGGCUGUAUGAUACGAUUAAUAUUAGUGGAUCGCUGAGCAAGGCUUUCAUGGGCUCCACUGGCUACAACUCUGGACUCCCGAUCGGUCUCCGAAAAGCUCUCGCCGAUCAGAACGGGGGUGCUCGAACGGCUCCUGCACCCAAGAAGAACCGGAUCCGGACGAACGUCAAGGAAAUCUUUAAGGAUCAACCCCCUACCCGAGGAGCCGCAGCAAAACAAAGUGUCUUCUUCAAAAGGAAUGUCAGGUGCUUCGACGUCCCACGCUGGAAAAUCCUGGUGGAAAAGCUGAGAAUCGGCAUUCGUGGA